AGCUAAAACGAAGCUCUACAGCCAGAACGGAGAGACGAGGAAGGGGCGAAAAACACCAGACACCAGACGCCAGACUCGCCAGACUCACCAGACUCAGUGAGCUGGAGACGAGUGGAGCUCGAUUCGACAACACCGCCAACUCGGAGUUUUCACCGUCGCGAACGAUCGAAACUCUAAAUCUCUGAUCAUCUUGGUUUCUGAUCAGUCGUCCCUCGCUUCCUCGUCGACAAUCUGUUCGACGAAUUUUCCCUGAGAGGCACGCACUGCAGAGGAAGGAUCGAGCCCUAAGUACAUCAAUCGAUCGCUCUCUGUUCGCGCGAUCAUCACUAUCCGUUUGAUUUCUUUUCGAUUCCGCUUCGUUGUUGAUCAGCUGAUCGGCAAAUUUUCCCUGAGAAGCACACGCACUUUGGAGGCAGGUUCGCAACCCUAAUCUAUCGAUCAAGCGCUCUCUGUUUCCGCAAUUUUCCUCAUCGUCCGUUGUUUUUUCGCUUCGAUAGUUCGUCGAUGAGCUGAUUCUAGGAAGUGUCCAAAUCCAAACCCUAGUUCAUUUAUCAAUCGAUCGGCGCUCUGUUUCAUCUGUUAUUCGUCCUCUUUUGUCUGAUUUCUCUCCUUUUUCCUCGUCUAUCCUCAUCGGCGAACGCGCUUUUACCUUAGAAGAUAAACAUAAUCUCUCUCUCUCUCUCUCUCAUGGCUAUCGUUACGGAUACGACUAACGCUAACUCCAUAGAAGCUAACAAUCACUCUCCUCGCAAUUCUGCUGGUGCUGUUAAUAGUCCUCGAUUAGGCAGACCGAUGAGGACGACGGUCUCGCCACCAUGGAAUGAGAUCGUCCGUGGAGAAUCGGAUAUGACCGAGUCUGUUGAUUUGUUGAGCAAGCUGGCGAUUGCUGUUGCUCCAGAGGUUGUUCCAUCUUCUUCUUCGUCGUCUCUGUCUUCGAUUGCAGAGGAGGGGAACUCUGAGAACGGCAAUGUGGGCAAGAAGACUGCAUGGAAGCUGCCGUCAGAUAGCCCUGGGCCCACUGCUGCUGAGUUCGGCCCAGUCAUGGGGGCUGAUUCGUGGCCUGCUUUGUCCGAGUCAACUAGAUCAUCAACGAAGUCGACCUCGGUGCCUGUGAAAGGUUUAUCUGAUGGAUCAUCAUCUGUGCCUGUGACAGAGGGAAACGGAAAUGCCUCGUCCGUUUUGCAGAAGCAACUCACUGAUAAUAAGGAUGCAAAUUUAGCAACAAGCUCCUCCAUUCCUGCACGUCCGAGAUCAAGGAAGCAAAGUGGAUCUACAUCUUCUAGUGGCGGAGUCGCUCAGACAUCAGCAAUUGUAGCCCCUACAGUUGACCUUAGAUCAAAUAAUCCUUCUGCCAGGGAUCAUAACCACAGGAGUGGACCUGUGUCGCAUUCCCAAAAUGGCAACGAGCACCCUCAACAGCAGCGCAGUUCCUUCAGGAGUAGAAAUGGGGGUAAUUAUUCACGUGGGGAUGGUUCUUACCAGCACAACUACGGGGUUAGGCGUGAUCAGGAACGUGGUAAUCAAGAACUAAGUGGUCACAGAAAUUUCAACAAUAACAGAGAUUCUCACAUGCCUCAGCAAAGAGCUAUGCCGAGGUUUGGCAGGCCUGCAGCACCGCCGCCUAUCUCACCUGCCACUGCUGCAUAUAUUUCACCUGCUUCAGUUAGGCCUUUUGGUGGCCCUGUAGUUUUUCCUGAUACUCCAGUGUAUUAUGUCCCCAUUCCACCCAUGGAUCUACGGAAUGUUCCUUAUUAUCAGCCAAUACAGCCUCAUAUGGUUUAUUAUCCACCUCCUAAUCAAUUCUUGCAUGCUCAAAUAGUUAAGCAGAUAGACUAUUAUUUCAGUAACGAGAAUCUUGUGAAGGAUAUAUAUUUGCGGCGGCAAAUGGAUAAAGAGGGCUGGGUUUCUAUAGCUGUAAUUGCAGGGUUUAAAAAAGUCAUGGAGUUGACUACUGAUGUACAGCUCAUAUUGGAUGCUGUGCGAACUUCAGCUUUUGUGGAAGUGCAGGGUGAGAAAGUCAGGAAGCGCACUGAUUGGCCGAAAUGGGUCUUGUCAACUUCUGCUCAUUCUUCAGGCGUCGCAAGCCCUCGGUUCCCCGAUUCUCUAAGUCAUGACACUCUUGCAUCUGGAAUUGAAUCGGUCUCUCUCAAUGUCAGGGAUACGAGAUUUGACAAUGUGGUCGGUCAUGCCGAUGCCCAUGCGGCUAUGUCUAGGAGGUUAGAGGAGCUCAAUCGUAUUGGUGAAAAAGGCCAGACUAGCACUGCAGCUACAGGAACAAGCACUUGAAGUACAUGCUUUCGCAUGUUUUACCAAGAAGGGAUCAUGGAGGAUUUGUUAUGACUGAUAUUAUGCUUGCUUAGUAGUCUUACAGUGGCCUACAAAUCCAGAGUAAAGGAAAGAAAAGGAGCAGAAGAUACAAUACUGUGAAAGGGUAGAAGAGCGUGCGGUUGAAGUCCUUGAGUUGAGCUGAUUGCAUGAGUAUAAUGGUUUAUUCAUGUGGUUUUGUGGAGAUUUUCCGUAGAUAUUUAUGGUCUAAAUGCUGAUGACAUGAUGAGGGGAUUUUUGUCGCGUGUCCCUUUACUGCCCCUUAGUUCCUUUUUUCAUUCUUUGGGGUCAGAUUACAUUUUCUUUCCGUGUGAAGAAUGUUUCCGAUGGCGGGAAGUUACCGAUGGUGGACAUCAUAUUGCUUGCGGCGACAAUGGAGGGGGUUGGUGUACCGGUUGCGGAAGGUGUGCCGAAAGUCUUGGGUCCUUACUCAUGUGCGACUUUCGAAGUUAGUGCUCAUCUCAUUUGUUAAAUACGAAAAUGUUUUUUUAACUGCACUUUCUUCCGGACCUCGAAGAAUUUUUUGGUGUGUGGAUUAUAUUCCUGAAACUUACUGAUCUGAUGCUUUCGGUGGUGUGUGGAUCAGAGAUCGGAAACUGUAGAAACGAUUCUUUUUUCCUGGAACCAGUUGUGAAUGUUAUAUUUGUACUCUUUUACAUUGAGGAAGCAACUGACGGGGACCUUUCUUUUCAUUACCAAA